CAGCAUGUGACUCAUCAACAAAAAUUAAAGUGAUGGUUUCUAUUUGGAUAAAAAGAAAAUUAAAAAUGGGGGUAACAAAAAGUUUAAUUGAACAAAUGCUGUAGAUUUAAUGAAGGUGAUCUUUAAAACAUUUUGAGACUAGAAGCUUGCUCUUCUUCUUAAUUUUUUAUUGCAAAGCCUCAAGUAAGCUAAGCAGUCUGCCCUGCAAUGGCCACCUAAACUAUCUUUAGUCCCUGCUGGCAAGUGAAUGGAAGUGCCCGACUUAUCUUCACUGCUGUCAUCGAGGCAGCCAGUAUUUUUAGGGGACAGCAGCAGCUGCAAAAGCAUUUAACGGUAUUCCACGAACAAUGACACUUGGGGUGUCUAAGGCCUGAACGACACAGAGAUUGGGGGACCACUCUGAAGCUCGUGUGGAUACUGAAGUUCUGCUUUCUACCCUUCUUACCGGAUGAAAGUCUGUAAAGAUGUGCUGGAUGAGAACUUGGGACCUCUGAGGAGAGCAUGUGUUUGAAUCUGUCCAAGUCCACUUGGGACAUUACUCAGCCUUCAGGAGACGGGUGGCAUUGCUUCUUACCUCGAAGAGAGAUUGCAAGUGCGGAAUGUAUGUUGACGGUCGUUCCCCGCGACUGAAGCGAGAAAUUUGCAGUGCACAAGUUGGACCGUCUUGCCCCAGUGAAUAACAGCCACAUAUUACUCUCCUGGACAGCUUAAAGUGAUAUAAGGCUGACAAAGAGGCAGAAAUGGAUGUGUUCGGUGGUGCGCCACGUUUCUUGGCCUAUCCAAGACCUGUGGUGGUACAAAGUGGAACUGAUGCAGUCCUCAAGUGUCAAAUUGGUGGUGAUCCAAGGCCUGCAGUUAUCUGGGAACGAAACAAUGAAAAGAUUGACCCACAAGGACGGUACAGGGUAUUUGAGGAUGGAAAUGUUUACAAUCUCAUCAUUUCAGCUGUGACCACAGAGGAUAGUGGCCAGUACAUAUGUAAAGCUAAGAACAGCAUUGGGGAAACGUAUGCAGCAGCCACACUGAAGGUGGAAGGUGAGGCACAAGAAAUGGAGUUACGAGAGGAAAAUAAGCCACGUUUCCUCAUCAAGCCCUUGUCCACUCGUGUCGGCCGUGGGGAAGACGCUGUCUUCUCUUGUAAGCUCUGGGGAAACCCACGACCAGAGGUUGUCUGGGAAAAGGAUGGCAGGAAACUCAAUGAAAUAUUUGAAAGCACACAUUUCAGUGUGGGCUACCAGGACGGUGGAUGGUUCCAGCUCAAGAUCUUUAAGACUCGUGCUCCUGAUGGUGGUGUAUAUACAUGCAAAGCCAGGAAUGAGUUUGGGGAAGCGUUAGCAGGAGCUGUGUUGCUUGUUGAUGCAGGCCCAGGACAUGAGGAAGAAGGAAAUCGUAACGGCUACACAAAUGGUCACUGGAAAGCCCACCCGGGAAAACAGAGGAGCGGAAGGCAAGUGCCAAACCGGCUCAAAGAUGACACCAUGACCAAGUCCACUAAAGUAAAAAUGUUUGCAGUGACAGAGGGUAAACAUGCCAAAUUCCGCUGCUUUGUGACUGGGAAACCCAAACCAGAAAUAAUUUGGAGGAAAGAUGGCAGGCUGAUACUUUCUGGAAGGCGUUAUUUGUUAUAUGAGGACAGAGAAGGAUACUUCACACUUAAAGUUCUGUACUGUAAGCAGAAGGAUAACGGAGUUUAUGUUUGUGCUGCAUCAAAUACUGCAGGGCAAACCCUCAGUGCUGUACACCUCUCCGUAAAGGAGCCGCCUGUGCGGUUCAAGCAGCCUCUCAUUGAUCUUGAAGUAUGGGAACAAGAUUUGGCUGUUCUCGAGUGUGAAGUUCCAGAGGACUCUGUUCCCAUCACAUGGUAUCUGGAGGAUAGACGACUGCAGCCAGGGGCCAAAUAUGGAAUGGAGGAGUGGGGAACAAAACGGCGAUUAACUAUCCGUGACAUCGGAGUUGACGAUGAUGGGAUUUACCUCUGUGAGAUGCCCGAUGGGGGGAGAAGCAUUGCAGAGGUAGCUGUAAAAGGUACAAUUUUGCGGAAGCUUCCAAGAAAAGUGGAUGUGUUGGAAGGGGAAAAUGCUGCCUUUUGUGUUGAAGUGGAGAAAGAAGAAAUGGACAUACAUUGGUACAAGGAUGGUGUAGAGUUGCGUGAAACGCAUCAGACCAUCCUGAAGUCCUUUGGUCGUACACACAUCCUAGUUUUCGUCAAUACAAUGCCCCAAGACUCUGGCCUUGUGACUUUCCUUGUAGGCAGAUCGAAGACUUCUUCUCAGCUACGAGUGAAAGCGGCCAGACAUUGUCCUCCCAGUUGUCCAGUGGGUGUGCAGAUCAACACAGAGCGAGCUAAUGCAGCUCUUCUCUCAUGGGUUCCCGCUCAGGACACACGAAAGAACCCUCCAUCUGGAUAUGUGCUUGAGCGACAGGAAGUUGGUACUGGCUCUCAGGAGUGGCUGCAGUGCCUGACCACUGACUCUGCAACCUCUGUGGAGAUCCUUGGUGACAGCGUACCCUGUGAAGCUGAUUAUCGAUUUCGCAUUUGCAGUGUAAACAAAUAUGGAAAGAGCAACAAUGUUGAGUUCCCUAGGGCUGUUCACUUGGUUCCAGUUGCCAGAAUACAAGCUCCCUUACAGGAUGCCUUGGUGCCAGAGGGUCAGGAUGGCCUUUUCUCCAUUGAGCUGUCUGCUUCAGUAAUUGGCACAUGGUUCUUAAAUGGUACUCAGCUUCAGGAAGAUGAACGUUAUUCCAUGCGUCGGUCACGAACACAUCAAUCUCUUCGCAUACGAGGGGUACGUGAUACAGACAAUGGAGCUGAGAUCACGUUUAUUGCCUAUGGCAUCCGAGAUUCUGCAGCACUGUACAUUCAAGCUCCUCUUGUCAAGUUUUCACCACUGUCAGAAAUGGAUCGAAAUAAAUUUGUAGAAAUUGGGAACCCCAUUGUGCUCUACUGUGAGCUGUCAGACCCUGCAGUUCCUGUGCACUGGUACAAGAAUGGGGUGGAAUUACAAACAAUGGAGGGUCUUCAUAUCCAAUCAGAGGGCACCAUGAGAAGAAUUGUCAUCCAAUCAGCAGAGUUUUCACAUUCGGGAGUGUAUUGCUGUGAUGCCAUUGAUGACGUCAUCAGGUUCAAUGUGGAAGUAGAGGCUCCACCUGUGAAGUUCUCAUCAAUUCCCGAGGCAAUGAGGACCAAGUCGAUUGAAGCAGGCUGCCCUAUAGUACUCCAGUGUGUGGUGUCGGAUCCUGAGGCCCACGUUUGCUGGUACAAGGAUGAAAUGCAGCUCAUUUCAAAUGCUGGAUUAGAAAUCCACUCAGAGGGCAACACAAGGAGAUUAGUUGUUCAGUCUGCAGAGCUGUCCCACUCGGGUGUGUACAGAUGUACCACAAAGGAUGAUACCAUGGAGUUUCAAGUGGAGAUCAAAGCUAUACCAGUGACGUACUCUACUAUCUUUGACGUUGAGAGAAUCAAGUCACUUGAAGCGGGCAAACUUGUGGAGUUGGAAUGUGAGGUUGCAGACUCCACUGUGCCUGUCUACUGGUAUAAAGAUGGUGUAAAGCUCUUCCCGCAGAAUGGGUGGGAUAUACAGAGUAAUGGCACGUUGAGGAGACUCAUUAUCCCAUCUGCUGAGCUCUUGCACUCAGGGCUAUACAGCUGUGAAACUUCAGAUGACAUUAUCCACUUCACUGUGGAUAUCAAAGCUCCAACGUUGCCGUUGUCGCCCUCGCCCUCGCCUUCGCCCUCGCCAGAGGUUGUGGAGAUGCAGUCACUUGAAGCAGCCUACCCAACUGAACCAACAUGUGAAACCGCAGACCCUGAUUUCCAGGUUUCAUGGCAGAAGGAUACAGAACAUGAUUCUAAUAGAGAGCAUGAUUUUGAAAUGGGAGACAUCAAGAGGACCCUUGUUAUUGAACCAACUCAUCCUUCAAAUUCUGGAGCAUACUAUUGUGCAACAGCAGAUGAUGUUGCACAAUUGAUAGUAAAAACUCAAGUGUCACCUCCAACAUAUCUACUUGGCCCUGAUGUUGAGAAGACCAAGUCUGCUGAAGUGCACAGCCCAAUUGUUCAGCAGUUUGAGAUUUCAGAUCCCAUUGCCAGAGCUUGUUGGUACAAAGAUGGAACCCAGAUCUACCCAAAAAGGGAAGGUGACUGUGAAUCACAGAGCAGCAGCCAAGCCUUGCCCCUCCAGUCACAUGGCCUGUCUGGUGAUGGGACAUUUGGUUGUGAAACAUCUGGUGAUGCACAGUUAAAUGUGGACAUGAAAGCAGAGCAGUGUCACUAUGAUGAUGAGAUAGCUGAUGCAUCUGCCCAAUACACUGUGGAUGUCAAAGCUACAUCGCCAGGGCUCUCUUCUGACCAAGAGAAGAAGUCCACUGAAGAGGCUUAUCCUGUUGAAGAUGACUGCAUGUCCUCAAAAUGCAAUUCUGACAUCUUCUGUGGCAAGAGAGGAGAUACACAGACAUAUGAAGAACAUUCCAGGCAUAUAUCAAAUUCCCAGUCAACUUUUGAAUAUUUCACUGACUGGAUUACAACUGAACAGCCAAAGGGGCUCUCCGACAAUCAAUGGACAAUAAACCCUCAAUCUUCAGUAUACUGUAACUCUGUAAACCCAACAAUAAUGCAAUCUGACAUACAGCAUCACACUAAACAGCCCACAGAAUCACAAGGUGAGGAAUUCAUUUAUUAUAUACAGCAUGCACAAGGCCCACCUGAAGAGCUCGAUAGUUCCCUGCAAACAGCUGUCCAGACAGAUGAUUUUUGUAAUUCUCAACAAACUGCAACUGCUGAAUCAGAGGAAUCAACUCUCAAGACUCUAACUGUCCACUCAGAAGAGCGACAUGGCUCAAUACAGACGGUGACUGUCCAGUCACAGCUAGGUGACCCCUUACAGACUUCAACUGAGCAGUCAGAGCGCCUUACUAACCACUUACAGAUUUCAACAGUCAAAUCAGACAAGUCCUUAAAAACUGCAACCCUGCAGUCAGAAGAGCCAUUUAAAUCCUCACAUACUGCAACUGUGCAGCUGGAGGAGCCCUUUAAAUCCUCACAUACUACAACUGUCCAGUCAGAGGAGCCCUUUAAAUCCUCACAUACUGCAACUGUCCAGCUGGAGGAGCCCUUUAAAUCCUCACAUACUACAACUGUCCAGUCAGAGGAGCCUUUUAAAUCCUCACAUACUGCAACUGUCCAGUCAGCGGAACCCUUCACUUCUUUGCAUGUUGCAACUGUCCUGUCAGAGGAGUCUUUUAAAUCCCUAAAGACUGCAAUUGUCCAAUCAGAACAGCUCUUUAGCUCUAUACAGAUACAAGAUGUCCUGUCAGAGAAGUCUCUUGAUUGCCUACAAACUGAAACUGUCCAUUCAGAGGGGUCCUGUAACUCGAUAUGGACUCCAAAUGACCAGUCAGUGGAGUCAAACAGACCCGUACAGACAUCACGGGUCCAGUCAGAGAAGCCUGGUGAUUUACCUGACACUGCAUCCCUUCAAUCAUUGGACUUGUAUAACUCAAAAGAGGCUGAAACUGUCCCACCAGUGGACCGUUACAACUUGCAACAGUCUGCCUUGGACCUCUGUCACACUGGACAAGGAGGACCUAACCAUUCAGAGGUGCGGUAUCAGUCUAUGUGGGCCACAACAGUCCAAGCUAAGAGCAAUCACAACAUGAAGGCCACAGAAGACCAAAUAGAUGCCCCACUUAACUCUGGGCAAAGAUCAUCUAUCCUGUUUGGAGAGCCUUGCUGUAACAAGCAGGCAUCUACUGUCCAAUCAGAAGAGAUCUAUCUAUCAAGGACAUGUGAUAGUCACUGGAGUGACAGUGUCACUGCAAAUAAGGUGGCUGUUGAAGCUCCGCCUGUGAGAAUUACACUUUGUGAGGCUGAGAGGAACAAGUCUGUUGAAGUUGGUGAACCCAUAGUGCUGCGAUGUGAGAUAUCAGAACCUAAAGCUCAAGUUACUUGGUACAAGGAUGGAAUAAAGCUACAUGAAGCAGCUGGGCAAGACAUGCGGGCAGAGGGUUCCAUAAGAACACUGGCUUUCCAGUCAGCGAUGCUGCCUCAUGCAGGGAUUUACAGCUGCAAGACAACAGAUGAUGCAGUGCAGUUUCAUGUGGAUGUUAAAGCUCCACCUCUGAAGUUUUCAGCUUUAUCUGAAGCUGACCAGAAAAAGACGGUCAUGGCAGGCUGUCCCAUUUCUCUACAAUGUGAGCUGUCAGACUCCACUGGACAAGUCAGUUGGUACAAGGAUGGAACAAAGAUCCUACCUCAAAAUGGAGUAGACCUCCAGUCAGAAGGAAAUUUGAGGAGUCUAGUUGUCCCAUCAGCAGAGCGGGCUCACACUGGCAUAUACCGUUGUGAGUCAAAGGAUGAUGACAUACAGUUUGCUGUGGAAGUACAAGCACUACCUGUGAAGUUCUCAGAGCUUGAAGACACUGACAAGAACAAAUCCAUCCAAGAAGGCUCUCCCAUUGUUCUCAGUUGUGAACUCUCUCAUGAUCCUUCUGCUCAUGUCGACUGGUAUAAGGAUGGGGAGAUACUCCUGCCACAGAAUGAUAUGGAAACACAGUCAGACAGUCUAACAAGGACACUACUCAUCCAUUCAGCUGAAAUCAAACACAGUGGUACCUAUGAAUGUUCAACAUCAUAUGACACCAUCACAUUCAAAGUGGACGUAAAAGGCCGAUCGCCACAGAUCAUGCCAAUCCCACUAUCAGAAAAGUACAAGAUGAUUGCAUUUGGUUGUCCAGUUAUCCUCCAGUGUGAGGUCUCAGACCCUGUUGCUCAGGUUUCCUGGUUUAAAGACGGGGUGGAGCUUUUUUGCAAAACCGGCCUUGAUAUGAAAAGAGACGGCACCCUGAGAAAAUUAAUCAUUCCUUCUGCUAAGGUCUCUGACUCUGGUCUCUACAGCUGUAGCCUCACUGAUGAUGUUGUGACAUUCCGUGUGGACAUUGAAGCUACUCCUGUGAGGUUUUCAGCACUCCCAGAGGUCACAAGAAACAAAUUUGUUGAAGCAGGCUGCCCAAUUAAGCUGCAGUGUGAAGUCUCAGAGCCUGCUGCCCAAGUCUAUUGGUACAAGGACGGAGAACAGCUACUCCCAAAGAAUGAAUUUGAAAUCCAAACUAAAGAAAAUCUGAGAGCGCUGGUUAUUAAAUCAGCAGAAGUCAGACACUCUGGGGUGUACAGCUGUGAGGCCGCAGAUGACCAAAUAGAAUUCAAGGUGGAUGUUGCAGCUGUUCCAGAGGCUGAAAGGAGCAAGUCUGUUGAAGCAGGCAGCCUGAUCAAACUGCAGUGUGAGAUCACAGACCCCACAAGCCAGACCUGCUGGUAUGAGGAUGGGAUAAAUCUCUUGCCAAAAUCGGGAAUAAACAUCGAUUCAGAGGGCAAUAAGACGACACUGGUUAUGGAGUCGGCCACGUCUCCAUGCUCUGGAGUGUACAGUUGUAAAACUGAUGAUGAUUCAGAUUUCAACGAUUUCUAUGUGGAGGUGAAAGUGCCACCGGUAACAUUUGCUGACAUCCCAGAGGAGGACCUUUUCAAGAGUGUUGUGGAACAAGAAGAGCUUGUUCUGUCAUGUGAGGUAUCAAGGGCUGAUGGUGUUGUCCAGUGGUACAAAGAUGGAACUGAAAUGCAACCAAGUAAUAGCAUUACAAUGCAAGCAGAGGACACCAAAAGGAAUCUGACAAUACAUUCAACCCAACUGUCCGACACAGGCACAUACACAUGCCGUACAGGAGACAACAUUUUAUUGUUUAAAGUUAACAUACGAGAACCUCCAGUGAUGAUAAUAUACCCCAAGGAAGAUGUCCAUCUUGAACGUCACGUUCCUGAGGAAAUUAUUCUGAGCUGUGAAUUGUCUCGUCCCAAUGGUAUUGUCAGCUGGUACAAAGAUGGCCAAAAGCUGCAAGAGAGUGAGAACAUCAAGCUCAAAAUUGAAGGCCCUUAUCGUCGACUGAAGAUUCUUUCUAGUGGAGUUGAAGAUUCUGGAGAAUAUGUCUGUGAUACAGCUGAUGAUUCAAUAUUCUUUCACCUUAGUAUUACAGAACCUCCAGUGCGGAUUGUGUCCCCAAGUCAGUCCCAAAUGGAACUGUGCCAACAGACCUCUGAGAGGAUGGUACUGAGCUGUGAGAUCUCACGGCCUAACGCAGUGGUGCGUUGGUAUCGAGAUGGACUCGAAGUGGAGGAGAACGACAACCUUAUUCUCGAGGUGGAUGGUGUCUACAGAAGACUUAUCAUACCUGAAACUACUGUCAAAGAUUCUGCCGAAUACGUCUGUGAUACUGCAGAUGACUCCAUGACAUUCUUUGUAAACAUAGCAGAGCCUCCUGUUCGCUUCGUACGUCCCAGAAAAAUGGCAAGCAGAGUGGAGAAAGUGGCUGGGCAGACUCUGAUUCUAGACUGUGAGGUUUCAAGAUCAAAUGCUGAGGUCACCUGGAAGAAGAAUGGGGAAGAGGUAGAAGACUCCAGAAAUAUUACCAUCCUUGAGGAUGGUGUCAUGCGUCAAUUAACGGUUCACUCCCUAACACUGGAAGAUGCUGGGCAAUAUGUCUGCGAUGCAAAGGAUGAUGUGAUGGAUUUCCAUGUGAAAGUGCAAGAGAUGCCUGUAAAAAUUCUUGGCAAAACUGAUGCAAAAACAGAAAAGCAAUUCUUGGUAUCAGAUGACAUUAUUCUAGUGUGUGAACUAUCAAGAUCCAAUGCCUCAGUCAAUUGGUACAAAGAUGAUCAGUUAAUCGAUGACACUGAGCGACACUGCAGCGAGGAGCAAGGUGUUUUCCGAUCACUGGUUGUCCUAAAUGCUGAACUUGAAGAUUCAGGAGAGUACACCUGUGAUGCAGUAGAUGAUAAGAUGGUCUUCUAUAUCACUGUCAAAGAACCUCCAGUACAGAUCAUUGGAAACUCAGGCCACCCGGAGCAUCAUAUCCUUCUAGCAGGAGAUGACCUUAUUUUGGAGUGUGAAGUGUCUCGGCCAGAUGCCACCGUUCAGUGGUUAUGGAACAGCGAGAUACUGAAAUCAGACACUCGUAUACAAAUCGACAGCUAUGAUGUUGUGAGAAAGCUCGUUCUCUCUGGACUUCAGCCCUCAGACUCUGGAAAAUACGUUUGUGAUGCCAUCGAUGACAAAUUAAUAACAAUUGUUGAGGUCCAAGAGCCACCGGCCAGGUUUGUGAAUAAAGAAGCAAAUAAUCACAUCUCUGGCUAUGAAAACGAGAGUGUGACACUGUGUGCCAUUGUGAGCCGAGAAAGAGCUAAUGUUCGGUGGCUGAAAGAUGGCCAACUAUUGAACAAGGACAACAUUCACAUCUCCAGUGAGGGUAAUACCCACAAGCUCACCAUUAAUCCCCUGCAGCUGUCAGAUUCUGGAGAAUAUGUCUGUGACGUAAACACAGAUGAGAUGUAUUUCAGUCUUUUAGUCAAAGAAACGUCGGUGAAAUUUAGCAGACCUUUGGAGAACAUUGUGGCUCUGAGGGGCAGCAGCCUUAUAUUAAGAUGUGAGAUCAACAAGCCCAAAGGAGAUGUCCAGUGGCUAAAAGAUGGACAAGAAAUCUCUCCAAGCCGCAGACACACAAUACGUGCACAGGGACGAGAGCGAAGCUUCACCAUCCACCAAAUAUUCGAAGAAGAUGCUGGAGAGUAUACCUGUGAAUCCACAGAUGACAGGACUUCGGCUACUGUCACUAUAGAAAUUCCCCGUGUUGUUGAGUUCAUAGCAGAGCUCCGUAACAUCACGGUCUGUGAGGGAGAAGAUGCGGUAUUUAAGUGUGUGGUUUCACCAGAGGACACUCGGUUGGUGUGGCGCUUAAAUGGCAAGCAAGUAGCCCUGAAUGAGCGCACUGUCAUUUCAAGCAACGGACUAUGCCACAUGCUCUGCAUCCACAACUGCAUGGUUUCAGAUAGCGGCAGAGUGACAGCUGAUGCAGAGGGGUUGGUAUCAGAGACAGAACUCCAGGUUCAAGAGCAACAGGUGCUGUUCACCAACAAAAUGACACCAGUUGUAGCUGAAGAGUACAGUGAGGCAACUCUAGAGGUGGAGGUGAGUGUGGAUUCGGGAGAGGUGCAGUGGAUGAGGCAAGGGGUGCUGAUCCAUCCUGGGGCCAAGUAUACCCUGAAACACAAUGGCCGAAAACACAGUCUCACCAUCCACAAACUGGCUAUGUCUGAUCGGGGCACCUACAGUUGUGAAACCCUCCAUGACCGCACGCAAGCCCAGCUCACAGUGGAACCUCGAAAAAUCACAAUCAAGAAAGGACUCGCUGACCUUAAAACCACAGAGAGAGAGACGGCGUCUUUUGAGGUGGAGCUCUCCCAUCCCGAUGUCACAGGCACCUGGUUGAGAAACGGAGUCCAGCUUAAGCCAACAAAUCACUUCCGUAUGAGUGCAAAAGGACAUGUCCACAGCCUCACCAUCUCAAACCUAUCUGUUGAAGACACUGGCACCUUUACCUUCAGUGUAGAACAUCUGAAGACAUCUGCAAGGCUUGUUGUGAAGGAGCCCCCAGUGACCAUCUUCAGAAAACUGGAAGACCAGAAGUUCCCUGACGGGGCAUUAAUCUCUAUUGAGUGUGAGCUGUCAAGACAUAACGUUGAUGUGAAAUGGAUGAAGAAUGGCUCUGAGUUGAAGCCAAGCAAAGACUUGCGCAUUUAUGCAAUGGGAAGGAAACGGUUUCUUCAGAUCAUGAAGUGUCAUGUCAGUGACUCUGGGAUAUACACCUGCGAUGCUGGAGAUGCUACUACAUCCUGCACUGUGGAGGUCUACGAGCGCGAGCUGCUGAUCCUGCAGGCCCUUGAGGACCUGGACAUCCAGGAAGAUCAGAAUGCUGUGUUUGUUUGCGAGAUCUCCGUGGAGGAUGUGCCAGGAGAAUGGUACAAAAAUGGAGAAAAGAUACAACCCACCAGCACCAUCAAGAUCCGCCAGGAAGGGACCAAACAUUUUCUUCUUAUGUGCAAUGUGCGAGCAGAAGACUCUGGAGAGAUCAAGUUUGUUGGCAGAAAUGUUGAAUGUGCUGCUUACCUGGAGGUGGAAGAGCUUCCUGUCAGCAUUGUGAAACCUCUGCAGGACAAGACUGCCCUCGAGAAGAGCCGCGUGCUCCUCGACUGCACUGUGUCUAACCCCAGAUGUAGUAUCCGCUGGUACAAAGGCAUCAAUGUCAUCCUGCCCUCCGAGCGCUUUGAGAUCUGUAGUGAAGGCUGUUAUCGCAAACUCAUCAUCGAGCAGGUGGCGCUAGAUGAUGAGGGUACAUACAGUGUCCAGGUUGGAGAGUAUACAUGCUCUGCCAAACUGACAGUGGAGGCCGAGUCUCUGUUAAUGGUCAGAGAGCUGAAGGAUGUGGACGUCAUAGCCCCAGAUGAAGCCUGCUUUGAAUGUGAGGUUUCAGUGCCUGUCCUCAAAUCUCCUGUGUGGAGUCUAAAUGGGGAGCCUUUGCAGUCAAGCUCUCAGGUACGACUGGAAAAGAUGGGCACGGUCCACAGGCUGACCCUCCGACAAACUUCCACAGACAUGAAUGGAGUGGUGGAGUUCACCUCUGGGAAAGCCAAAAGCAGAGCCCAGCUUCGGGUGCUGAGUGAUGCGUGAGCGACAUCUUCAAUCUGUCAUCACCCAAACUGACACGGAUUGAUUAUUAUGCUUAUAAUGCUUUUCAAGUUGUAACAUUGACAUUGCUUAUAUAAUUACGAACAGUCUAUAAAAGUGGUUUAUACAGGGUUGUGAUUGGUUUGUCAGUAAAUCAGGCAGUGGAGUUUCUUUCAGUAACUUGCAUUUAAGGAACUAGGUUCCUGUUCAUAUACAAUUUGUCAUAGUGUGCGACGAAGACAGUUCCUUUAUUAUAAUACUAAUUGCGGUUUGGAUGUAAAUAAUGUGUUUAAGUCAUUGUAACUUUGCUAUGGAAGUUUUACGCAGAAUGUGUAUUUGUGAAAAUAAAUACCUUAAAAAACAACUAUGGUUAGACUCAUGUGACAAUAUAAAGUGUGAGUUCAGCGUGAGUUUGAAUGCAACCCAGCCACCAUGCAUGUAAAGAGACGUGAAUUAACAAAGCCAUUUCUAAGACCUGUUGCCGAGCCUAACAUCUUUGAAACGUAGAAUUGUCUGAUCUGAUCUUGUCCAUUCAUUUUGUCGUGGUGUUAUAAAACGUUAAAAAACUGCAAAAAGAAACUCAGAUUUUGCUCCAGAUGCCUAAAUGUAAUUGGCUGAUGGUGUUUUUGUUUAAGAAUGAAUGAAAGAAGAAAACAUUCUUAACCACAAAUGACUUACAGAGUAGAUUAUGCAAUUUUCUGUGCAGUAUUAUCUGAUGGUUUUGUGUGGCUGUUGUGACAGUAAGCAUAUUUAGACAACAGCAUCAGCCAUUACUACAUAGAAAACGCAAAAUAUCAUUUUCAAAUUUAUUCUAGGCUUUAGAAAGGCUCGACAGUUGAUUAAUUAAUCACAUCUAACAAUUCAUGUGUAUUUUCAUCAUUUGUUCUUUGUAUAGAGUUUUUUUUUUUAAUGUUUAAUGAAACCUGAAGUUCAAGUUUGAAUGAAGAGAGUUCUGUCUUGCAGCAAGGGGCUUGUAAUGUAAAUACAUUGGGCCAAAAAUCAGGUAAUAUAGGAAAGAAAUAGAUUAAAAUAAAUUACCUGAUCACCUUGAUUGAUAAUCAGGGCAUGCGAGUUUGAUUGUUGAGUGGGUAUUUGUGUUUGAACUUUGUUUUGGAGAAUGAUAGUUGUUUUCAUAUGAAAUCUGUUCCAUAUUCCAUUUUUCCAUUUGACUUGUUUCCACCUCUGCCACGUUGUGUUGAGCGUUAGGUACGCGAAAAAAAGUUCUGUAGUGAAAUAUGACCUGUUUCAAUAAAACAUGCUUUAUUGAUGCAAGGUAAAAAUAUCACUGGUUGUCUUUUUUUUUUCAAUCUUAACAUUUAUCAGCAGCAAUUUAAAAACUAAACUUGAACCAGUUUCUUUACUUGAGUCAUAAUGUUAAUACUCUUGUUGCAUACAGUAAAAAAGUUAAAUCAUUAUUUAAAGACAGGUUAUGGUUUUUCACAUAUUGUCAAAGUAUCUUUGACUCCAGACUGAGGCAAAAUCAAUCAGGGCUCAAACAUGUUUCCCCCAUGAAACUGAAUAUACAGAUCAAUAAGGCAGUACACUCGACUGCAUUAAUGUCUUACGCGAAACAGCUCUGAUUCAAGUUAACGAUAGGAGGCAUCAAAGUGUGCUUUCAAAUCAAACAGAAAACUUAUUUAAGUCGCCUUAGCAGGUUACAGCCUCCUCCAGACACACAAACAGUAUUGCAUCAUUUAUGGGCCGCACACCGUGGUGUCCGAUUCAACUUAAAACUCAAAAGAUAAAAUAACAUUAAAAUCAAAUCAAAACAAUUGCCUAAAAUUCUGAUAUACUGUAUGUACAAAAAUAAUCUCACGAUUUUUCUGCAGUGGCGUGAAAGGUCCGAUGUGCGUGCAGUCUGAUUUCUUAAAGGAACAGUGUGUAGGAUUUAGCGGCAUUCUUCCUAGCGCAAAAAAAAAA